CAUUGGCUUCGCAACUAUUGGCAUCGUUGCUAGAAAGUGAAAUGUAUUUAAAGAGAAAAUCUAAUAAUUUUUUAUGGGCCGGAUUAAUUAUGUUUUCGUUACGGGCGUUCUCCUGUAAAGAUCCACCGAAACAGUACUCUUCGUACAGACCAUUACCGGGCUGUGAUCCAGCUACCUAUUUUCGAUAUCCAAAGACAGAACAAGAAGUCGUUGACAUCGUCAAGGAAGCAAUCGCCAAAAACUUAACAGUAAAAGCUUUCGGCUCACGUCAUUCCCAAACCGACAUCAUCUGCACAGAUGGCAUUCCCAUCGACAACAGCGGACUGCAAUUCUAUCAGAUGAAUAACGAUGGCGUAACAGCGACAUUCGGUGCGGGAGUUAAUUUACGCGAAGCAUCUAUGUUUCUCCGCAAAUUUAACAGAGGCUUCCGAACGACUCCUGCAUACGGCAAUAUUACCAUUGGUGGUGCAACAGGUACCGGUUCGCACGGAUCUACUAUUAAGUACAACGCAUCACUAUCGUCGCAAGUGGUUGGCAUGAGAAUUGUUGAUGGGAUGGGAGAAAUUCAAGAAAUUUGCGAUUUGGAGGAAUUGCAUGCAUUCAGGGUACACCUCGGGCUACUCGGUAUAAUAUUGAAGGUUACGCUGUACACGGUACCGUUGUACAAAACACUUGCAAACAAUUAUCGAGUAUCUGAAGACGUUCUAACGAAUGGCGAAGCGAUAAAGAUGGCACAAAAUACUGACCAGAUUUCACUGUACUGGUUUCCGGAAUUUCGUGAAGUUAUUGUGGCUAAUUGGACUAUCGUCGAUGUGCAAACUCAAGGGAAUGCAUAUACUUUCGAUCACGUUCCGUCUAUAUAUCGAGAGACCUCUCUCGUUGUUGCCCCAGCUGCAGAGGCUGCAUUUAGUUUAACAACGAGUACUUGUACACUGGCCAAUGCAGUUGGCUACACGAUUGCCUAUGCCAUUUCCUACUGGAGCGAUCUAGCGCUACAGAUUCAGCUUCCGUUCUGGGUGCCCAUUUAUACGGAGGAUGGGUUGACGACGAAAAUGCCUGCGGUGGGAUAUUACGAUGUCAUGUUUGCUCCUAUAUGCUAUGAUGAGCCGCAAGGAUUUUUGGGUUCAGCUUGUGUUUGGGAUCACGGACCAAACAAUGUUACCCUUUUAGAUAAUGAAUUUUCCGUUGAUUUGUCUGAUCUGCCGAAGUUCAUCAAAGAGAUCAAAGACAUCAGAACAAAAGCGCCGACGGUCUUUCCCUUGCAAGGUAUCCUCAUGAGGUUUUCGGAUAAGGACGAGUCUUAUAUGUCGAACUCGUACAGAAGGCAAAGCGUGCAUUUUGAAUUUUAUUUGUGGCAGAGAAAGGAUCCGUACAAACAACCACCCUGUAGUUUGGCUGGAUAUCAAACCAUCUUACAGUUGUUGAGGGAUAAAUACAGCUCAAGGUCACACUGGGGUAAAAGUGGUUUGGCGUACCAUAACAGCGAAAGUCUGGAUUUAAAACUGGAUCUUGUUGCUCGUGAAAAAUUUGUUGCUGCUAUGAACCGCUUCGAUCCGAACGAAGUUUUCAUCAACAGUUUUGGACGACGAAUCAAAAAAACCGGAACGAAAGUGGACGUCGAUCCUGCAGUGGAUCGGUGUGCGAUGUUAGAUUAUUGCUUUUGCACGAAAAAUGGUGAUUGCGGAGACACGCAAAUCUGUACGAAAUUACCCGGCUACGAUUACAACGUUUGUAAAACGAAGAACGAAGCUCCGAUCGAUUUCUUCCCGAAAAUCAUACUACCGAACUCGACUGGCAUAUUCGGGUUUCUUGCUGACGAAGCCAAACAGUUAGCAAAGGCAUUGCAUGGUGAAUGCACAUUUCAAUCGUUGCUUGCCACAUUGGGUGACACUACUGGAAGUACUUUGGGUCAAUUUAUUAAAGGUCUUGGCGGUGAAAUCAAUGAGCUUGGACAGGGUGUGAUACAUAACGGUUUCAACAUUAUCAAGAAUUUUGUUCCGGGUGGUUGAUGAUAUAUAAGUUUCUAAAAAUUUUGCGAAUAAACAACGCACUUCAAGCAUGAGUGGUCUAAAUACGGUAGCAGUUAAAUUUGACAGUGUGUCACACAACUGCAAAUCAAUGUAAAAAACUGUUUCAUUACAGUACUGCUCCGAUGUUCAUGCUUGAAGCAGUGCUGUGAUCACUUUUGCUUGAAGUGUGUUGGAAUAA